AAAUUUUCCAUAUUCUCUGACGUCGUGUGUGGUCUGAAAUACUAGCUAUGUCUGCGAGCCGAUCGAGAACUUGCUGCUUUCCUUCACCACGAGUAAGCUCGGCUGCCUCGGCUGAUCCCUGAUCACGGAUCUGGGCAUAAUGGGGUCAUUCACUUUCUGUGCUGUUUCUCUUCACCACAAUAAUCGUCAAAGCUAACAUGAAGUAUUGCAUAGUGUUUGCUGUCUGGACCUUGAUCAUCAAGAUGAUUUUCAACUGUCACUUAUGUGACUUCAGAACACCUUCACUCAGCAGUCAUCUCCAACAUAACUUUCGACACCGACAUAUUUCAUCUCGCUUUCAUUGUGGAUUGAAUGACUGCCAAACCGAUUUUGCCACUGAGGCCUCAUUACGGCCUCACAUCCUACGCUUUCACAACUCAUCAUGUCGGCAGUCACUCAACAGUCCUCUUGUUGUAUGCAACAGGUAUGCAAAGUUUGAUUGCUCUGUUGCAGACUGCAAAAAGAGUUUUGAAGAUUAUUCCGAGUUUUUGAAGCAUCUCAAAGCGCAUAUGAGUCAUGGAGUGUUCACGUCAUGCCCUGUUGAGGGAUGUCCAAAGAAGUAUAAAAAUAUUCAGACGUUCACUGGCCACAUGACUAAGAAGCACAAGAAUACUUCAAGCUCUUCUCAGGUUUUGCCUCAACUCGCUGUAGUUACUCAGCCAGCUAUUUUGGAAAAUUCUGUGGACAUUAGUUCUACUGCUUUUGGGGAUUUUGACAAUGAUUGUGGAACUGAACAUGAGUGUUUUGAUGACAUUUCUAGUGACAGGUUUUUAGAGACAAUGUGUCAAUUUUAUAUGAAACUGGAGUAUGAGUUAAUGUUGCCUGCAUCAACUGUUCAGUAUAUUGCUAAAGAGCUCUCAGUGCUUCAUUCAGGAAAUAAUAAUUUAAUAGAGAAAAGGCUCAAAAGAAAGUUACAGCAUUGCAAGAUAAAAAAUGUUGAUGAAAUUGUCUCAUAUGUCAUGGCUGACAAUCCUUUGAAAAAAAUUCAAAAUGAAUUGAAAACUACUUAUCUUAGGAAGGAAACCUACAAACGCCAUUUCAGUUAUGUAAAUCCACAGCGUAUGCCAAUCCACAAGGGUCCCUACAGUAAACAUUUUUAUUUUGUUCCUAUCAAGGAGACUGUCAAAGCUCUGUUUUCUGACAAGUCUAUUUCCUUCAAGUUGUCACCACCUCAAUUUUCUCAAAUUGAGGACUUGCUACUGGAUUACACAGAUGGGUAUGUUUUCAAGGAGAAUGCAUUUUUUAUCAGUAAUCCUCUUGGAUUACACUUUAUCUUGUAUCAGGAUGCACUUGAAAUUGUUGUACCAAUUGGACCAGCAAAAAAGAAAUACAAACUCUUAGCUGUGUACCUUAUAAUUGGUAACAUUCCAGCUCACCUAAGAUCUCGCAUCAGUACUAUACAACUUGUUGCCUUGUGUAUUGAAAAAUAUUUUAAUCAUGAAGAAUUCUAUGGUCCCAUUGUGAAAGAUCUUAAAGGUAUUGAAACUGUUGGUGUGGAUAUACCCGGAGUUGGUACUGUUAAAGGUUCUCUUGUAUGUAUUGUUGGAGACAACUUAGGCAGCCACGGGCUUGGAGGAUUUGUUGAGCAGUUCAGUACUUCAUUGUAUUUUUGUCGGUUUUGCCUCAUCAAAAGAAAAGAUUUCCAUAAAGCAGGUGGAGAGCUAGCCACAUUUGCGCCAAGAACUGUUGAUUCCUAUGAUAAUUCUUUGACCCGCUUAGCUGAAUCAAGAAAAAAAGUUUACCGUGGAAUUAAGUUUGAUUCCAUUUUCAAUGAACUGACUUAUUUUCAUGUGUGCAGAGGCCUCCCCCCUUGCUUGGCCCAUGAUCUCCAUGAGGGCUGUGUUACUUUUGACAUGAAAAUUUUUAUUGAUUACUUUGUGGACAAGGAAUGGUUUACAUUCGAGUCAUUAACAAAAUCAUUAGAAGAUUUCAAUUUCUCUGUGAAGGACAAGCGAGACCGCCCUAUUCCAGUUCUGGAAUCACAUACAAGAGUUAAAGGGGGAGCCUGGCAAAUUUGUGUUUUUUUGAGGCUUUUUCCACUUUUGGUUAAAAACUUCAUUCUUGAUGAGAAUGAUCCAGUGUGGCGUGCUAUGUUGUUGCUCAUUGAAAUAGUUGAAAUUGUGCUCUCACCUAGUAUUCACAGAUCAUACUUGCCGUAUCUGCAUCAGUGCAUCACUGACUAUCUCCACCAAAGGAAGACUCUUUUUCCUGAAAUUCAGCUUCGACCUAAGCAUCAUUAUUUGUCACACUAUAGUGAAUUAACUGAAGCCUUUGGCCCAUUAAUAAGGGUCUUCACUCUAAGGUUUGAGAGCAAGCACACCUUUUUCAAACGGUGCAUUAGGGCUUUCCGUAACUUCAUAAACCCUACAUUGUCUCUGUCUGUUCGGCAUGAACUGUAUCAGGCCUAUCGUAGAAGUGGUGCUGACAGACACUGUAAAGUUAACGUGAUGGGAGAUUCAGAUUCCUUUCUUCAAAAUUACUCUGAUGAGAUCAAGAGAGAAAUCUCCUCAAAACAUCUAUCUGCCGGCAUCAAUGAAUGUGUCAGCGCUGAAGUUCUUGGCACAAUCUAUAAGAAGGGGAAUAUUGUUGCAAUUAGGCAGACAACAUAUCAAUAUGAGGUUGAAAUUGGAAGAAUCCUCCUUGUCUUGUAUGAUAACAAGGACGGUGUUUAUUUGCUGUUGGAAAAACUGGCAACUGAAUUUAUUCCUCAUUUGAGAGUGUACGAAGUUGGGUGCAAGAUAUCAUAUGAGUGCAUUUCUGUCUGUGAGCUCAUGAGCACUCAAUCACUUCAUGUUUAUCCUAGUGGGUCUCAUCUCUAUGUGAAGCUGCAUCAUGCUCUUGUCAGUGACGAACUGGACUAAAUCUUAUAAUUAGAUGUAAAUUGUUUCUAUAAUAGUACCACAUGAGUUUAAACUUUACAUAUUUUAUGUUUCUUUAUCUGUUUUACAUUGUUAAACAUAGCAGUUUUAAAUACCUAAAUAUUAUUAUUUGUUUUAAUUUUGUAAGUUGUAUGUCAAAUAAUGUAAAUUGUUUUAAUUUCAUUCAAUGUGUAAGUCUAGUCUUGACAUGAAUUGGUUUUAUCAAUUCUACAAUAAAGAUUGUAUUUAGUGACAAAUUGUUAAUACAGAUUUAUGAAGCCCUUAAACUGUAAAGCUAUGUACCUGAUCUUCCUGGGCGUGUUUGACUUUUCAUGCCUUUUGGUUAUUGAUGAUUAUUAAUGUAUAUUUGUCUUGUGUGUGUUCCA